AUGACCCCGGGGGAGGAGGAGGAGGAGGAGGAGGAGGAAGGCUGCCGGCCAGGGCCCCCGGAGCGGGUGUGUAUCUGGGUGGAGGAGCAGCCGUUCUGGGUGGAGAAGGCUUUGCUGGUGCAGAGCAGCGAGUACUUCCGUGGCCUGUUCCGCUCGGGCAUGAGGGAGAGCAGGCAGGAGCAGAUGGGGCUGGGGGAGCUGAGUGCCGCCGGGUUCCUGGCCAUGCUGCGGGUGCUGGCGGGUGAGAGGCCCGUCCUGGGCAGCGAGGAGACCUUCCAGGCCGUGGAAUGCGCCGCCUUCCUGCAGGUGAAACCUUUGGCCGAGUACCUGAUCCACUCCAUCGACUCCGACAACUGCAUCCUGCUGUUCCAGGCCGCCGCCAUAUUCGGGCUCCUGGACCUGUUCCACCGCGCUGCGCUCUACAUCCGCGACAGCUACGCCGAGCUGGAGCCCGACCUGCGCUGCCUCUCCGACGACCUCCUGGCCUACGUGGACACCCUCCUGCCCAGCACCUUUGUAGCAGUAGGAGCCCACACACCCACCUUCGAGUUCCUGGAAGACCUCUCCAGGACCAUCUGCUACCUGGAUGAGGAGACCAACACGUGGAGGACGCUGUCCUGCCUGCCGCUGGGCGCCAGCACGUUCCUGGCCGGCAUGGCCACCAUGGAUAACAAGAUCUACAUCGUGGGUGGCGUCUACGGGGCCAGCAAGCAGGUGGUGGAGAGCAGCUUCUGCUACGACGCCGACGCCGACGCCUGGAGCGAGUUCCCCAGCCCUCACCAGCUGCGCUACGACGUCAGGUUGGUUGGCCACGAGGGCCACCUCUACGCCAUCGGCGGCGAGUACGACAAGAUCUCGCUCAAGUCCGUGGAGAGGUACGACCCGGCCUCGGGCACGUGGACCUUCGUCUCCGACCUGCCGCAGCCCAGCGCCGCCGCGCCCUGCACCCAGGCCAUGGGGCAGAUCUUCGUGGGCUUGUGGAAGCCGCUGGACGUCACCGUCAUCUACAAGUACGAGAGCCGUGGGGACGCCUGGCUUCCCGUCACCGAGCUGAAGCGGCCGCAGAGCUACGGGCACUGCAUGGUGGCCCACAGGGACAACCUCUACAUCAUGCGCAACGGCCCCUCGGACGACUUCCUGCGCUGCGUCAUCGACUGCUUCAACCUGAGGUCGCAGCAGUGGAGUGCCCUGCCCGGGCAGUUCCUCAACAGCAAAGGGGCCCUUUUCACCGCCAUCGUCAGGGGUGACACCGUCUACACUGUCAACAAGGUGGUGACGCUCCUCUACUCUGUGGAGGAGGAGACGUGGAGGUUCAAGAAGGAGAGGGUGGGCUUCCCACGCCCCGGCUCCCUCCAGACCUUCCUCCUGCGCCUGCCCAGGCGCGACCACGACCUUGCGAGGUAG